AUGUAUGCUAUUCCCUGCCCUAGUGAUGCCAUCACCAUACUCUUACCCUAUCGACAGGCACAUAACUUCCAUCCUCAGAACAAACGCAGCAACGCUUCAAUAUGCCGCUCAAUUGCCAAGAAUGUCUUUGGAGACGACAGUGUGGAGAUUGGGCGUCGCGUACAGACUAAGAUCAUCAACCUUCAGACCUGGUACAGGCGUCAAGCCGAGCAGGAGUCGGCCACAGGCGGAGGAAAGUGCCUUGAGGAUCUGCCGGAGGAUGGAGAAGAUUGGAAUCAUCGCAUGUCCGUGGUGCGACAGUAUCCAUACUACGAGAGGCUGCUCAAAAUGAUGAUCAAUCGCAACCCGAGUGAGCCCAAGAAGAAAUGGAGCGGCACUCAGGACGUUCCAGAGCCCUCCACCUCCUCUCGUACCUCUGCUGGACGUGCUCACCCUCCCAGCACCAUGCCACCGCCAUCCACGCCUCGUCGACCCAUCACCACAAGCGCCGGCGCUACACCACGACUGUCACCUCCAAAAGAAGGCUCGCGUCGAGUGCCAACAAUGGACUCUCAGGUGCGCAACUCCGGUCGUGACCCAAUGAAAGACCUAGGGUCGCAGUGGUCGUCCCAUGAUCAGGGUGCUGAGCUCGGGAAUGAGUCCGACGAGGAUGAGCCGCCCAAGGUCGAUGCGGAUGGAGAGGACAUCUCUGGUCAGUUGGACGAAAGUCAGCGCAGGCGCACUGGUAACCCUGGAGGGAGGCGGGGCGGAGGUCCAGCUGGAGGCGUCACACGUUCGUCGCUCAAGCGAGGUCUACCUGCUCCCGGUGAAGGCGAAGACAGUUUGACAGAGCGUUUGGCAAAGAUUGCUAAGAGUCGCGACGAAUCCAGCAACGAGCGACUGGACAAGCAGAUUGAGCUCGAGAAAAUCAAGGCAGCGCAAGAGGCAAAGUCUGACGAGUCGCGCGCAAGUUUCUUUGAAAAUUGGAUGACAAAGAGGGCGGAGGAGGAUGAGAGGGCUCGAAGGCAUGCAUCAGAAGAGGCUGAGAAGUUCCGCAUUGCACAGGCCAAGCAAGCGGCUGACAUGCAAAAGACGAUGGUUGAUAGCAUGCGCGAGACUUUAGGUAUGUUCAUCCAAGCUUUUGCCCCGAAUCAAAACAAGGAUGGCGGUGCAAGCGGAAGUGGUGGGGCGUAG